AUGACGCGCACACGACACGGCAAAAAGACCCACCACGCACGACGUGAUGUCAAGCGUGGCAUGAGGACAAGAGCCAGGAAGCUCGACCCCGACCAGAUCCAGGCCAACCUCAACGAUCCCAAGAAGCUCGAAGAGCUGCAGAACCCAAGGGAACUCGACGUCGAAAAGGCCGGUCUCGGUCUGUUCUACUGCGUCGAAUGCGACCGCAACUUUCCCUCGCAGAAGGACCAAUUGACACACAUCGCCUCCAAACUCCACAAGCGAAAGGCCAAGAAGAUCACUCAGGAGCCCGCGUACACCAUCGAGGAGAGCUUGAGAGCCGUUGGCAUGGGUAUCGACAACAAACAGCGCGCUCCCAAGCCUGCCGAGUCAGCCGAUCAGAUGGCCGCAUGA